GGACAAAAGAAUUGACGUUACGUCGCAGCCUCUGUAAUGGCAAGUGACAGAGGGUGAGGAAGACGAGGGGAAACUUUGUAUAGCUAGCUGGUAGUUGCUGCUUGAUUUUUUUUGUGUGCCUGAAAACCAUAUCAGUAUCAUAUUCGUUCAUCGUGUCAGUGACUCAGCGUUGCUGUCGUUUUAGUGCGAUUUUUCACUGUCUUUCCUGUGUGAGGCUAAAGUCGUGAACGGUGGCCGGUCGGUCUCGAAGUAGCUGAAUACCACCAGAAGUUUGUUCGACUUCGAGUAACGUAAAUAGGCAGAAGAGGAGAAACUAUGACCAACAGAGAAGACGAAUAUGACUAUCUUUUUAAAGUGGUGCUGAUCGGAGAUUCAGGCGUAGGGAAGAGCAACCUGCUGUCCCGCUUCACGCGUAAUGAGUUCAACCUGGAGAGCAAGAGCACCAUCGGGGUGGAGUUUGCCACGCGCAGCAUCCAGGUAGAAGGCAAGACCAUCAAGGCUCAGAUCUGGGACACAGCCGGACAGGAGCGAUACCGAGCUAUCACUUCUGCGUACUAUCGUGGAGCAGUCGGAGCUCUCUUGGUUUAUGACAUCGCCAAGCACCUGACGUAUGAAAAUGCUGAACGCUGGCUGAAGGAGCUGCAGGACCAUGCAGACAGCAACAUAGUCAUCAUGUUAGUGGGCAACAAAAGCGAUCUGCGCCACCUAAGGGCGGUACCCACAGAUGAGGCCAAGGCCUUUGCAGAGAAACAUGGCUUGUCUUUCCUGGAGACAUCAGCGUUAGACUCAUCAAAUGUGGAGCUGGCUUUCCAAACUAUUCUCACAGCUAUCUACGACAUCGUGUCACAGAGGCAGAUGUCAGGACGAAGCGACUCAGACUUCUCACCAGCCUCCAAUGUAGUGCCCAUCACGGUCGAGCCCACCCAAAACUCAGCCAAUAAGGGUCUCUGCUGCCAGACCAACUGAGACCUUACCACUGACCUCCUUCACCUCCAGACAAAUUGGAGAAAAAGCCAGAUAGACAAAGAGGGACAGACAGACGGACAGGGAAAUGAAAAGACAGGUAGAGAGAACCAUUUAACACAAGGACACUUGUACUGAGCUUUAUUUGUACAUCGUCUGGCGAAGAAGAAUUAACAGUAUGAAGAGAGGGAUCAGUGAAGGAAGGGUAGUAAAAAAAAAAAAAAAAAAGUUUAGAUGAACAGACAGGGGUGGUGUGGUGAGAGUGGGAAGAAAACAGGUGAGAUGCACUGUACCUGAUGCACAAAGUUCUGCUUGGAGCUCGAUCAGCUUUUAAAAGUGAAAGAAUUACACGAUCAGAACUGAUUCACAAUCUAAUGAAAAAUUGAACACAUUAUAAGACCCCUUUGGUUUCUCAUCAUGAUCUGUCUUUGCAACCUGUCCUCCCUUCUGAAAGAUCUAUUUUAAAAGCCAGUAAAAUGCUUCCCCUCAGUUUCCCACUACCAGGAUAUUGGGCAAUAAAAAUCCACAUCCAAAAGACUGAAGUGCAACCUUUCCGUCACCGUUGUCACUCCAGUUUUCCCCAAAAUGUCAAGUAGUUAGUAAUACAAUAUUUAUUGAACACUAUAUUAAGGUCUUGUUUGGUCAAAGGGUUUGCAUUUUAACACUGGUCGGUAGAAAUUUUCCACACUGAUUGCUUCACAGCAAAGGGAGCUCUCUCUUGCUUUUUUUGAUGCUUUUGCUUCGGCUCACAAUCAUCUCAGUGUAAAGAAACUUGUAAGGGCAACUACCCCUCGCUAAUGGAGGAGCAAGGGCUUCAAGUCAUUUUUCCUAAAUGCACAUGCUGGAAUUUUGUUGAAGUUGGUUGGUUCAAAUUGUGUUCCACCAGGCCAUUCAGAGCAAUAACAUCCCUCCCUAACAGUGACAUGUAAUUUCUUUUUGAUUGCUUUUGAUCUUUGUUUGGAAGGCUUUCCUGCUCUGUGCACACUUUGUACUCUACGGAUGAGUCAUGCUCUUGCAAGCUUUGCACAGUGUUAACUCUAAAUGAGAUGGGAUAGCUGCAUCACUAGCGGACGGGUUAACUGCCAGCGGGACAGCCGUGCUGGCUCCGCCGAUGACCGUUUCACCCCUGACCCCUUUCGGGUGUAAUGGGAGAGAUUAAGGAAUUGGUUUUAAAUGCAUGGACAAACCCUAUGCUUCUGCUGCAUGCUAGCUCAGAUGGAUGGAUAGAUGGAUAAUGUUUCAGGGGACGAGGUAGUGAGGGCACUCAGCCCUGCCCUGCUCCUGUGGUCUCUGAUGUACCCGAGAUGGCUUGUUUUACUGUAAGUGAAAUCCUCCACUGCCUUCUCACCUACUCUUUUCUGUCUCUCUCUACACUGUAUGUAACUGGAACAGGACUCUGCCUUCUGGGAUCUCCCUGAGGUCUGCCCUCACUCUCACUUGUCUGUAUUUCCUGUGGGGAGGGGAGGGAGGGAGGGAGGGGGGGUGGGUGGUUGUAUUCAGGAGCCAGGAUCGGGGUUGUUAGUAUCUAAUAGUUUAAUAGAUGAGGAAAAGGAGAAAGGAUGGUAGUGUUAGGAGGGGCUUGAUUAAAUUCAAAGGUUAUGCACACAGAUGGUGUUUGUCCUGCUGAUGUGUUUCCACAUCAACACUGACUUCUGUUGACUUCAAAGGUCUUAAACUGGGUGGUAUAGGUUAGGGCUUUUUAAACAUUUAUUCUAAUAUAUGUAUAUUUGGACUGCAUAUGUAUAAAUAAAUCUCAUUUGUUAUA